UUGGUGCGACUCAAGUAUCGUGCUGAGCUGGUUGCAUAAUAAAUCUGCUAAACUAAAGGUAUUCGUGGCUAAUCGCAUAAAUGAAAUCUUAGAAAAGACUAAAGAAUCAACGUGGAGAUAUGUGCCUACCUCUGCAAAUCCAGCUGAUUUAAUUUCGCGGGGAGUGGAUGCCUGCCAGCUUCCAAAGCUGGAUCUGUGGUGGUUUGGACCUACAUUUUUAACUGAAGAUGAAUCUAAAUGGCCUGUUUUAAAUAAUCUUAAAAUUGAUGACUUACCUGAAACUAAAUGUAAUGUUGUAAAUUUAGAAACUCCCAUCGUAGACUUCGAAAAAUAUUCUACGCUAAAUAAAUUGCAAAGAUCGUUUGCAUAUGUUAAGAGAAUGAUAUUUAAUCUAAAAAAUCCUAAAAAUAAACGAGUAGGUGUUUUAACUGUUGACGAGUUGACAGAAUCGUUUAAAUUUCUCUGUUUAAUCGCUCAAAAACAAUCGUUCCAAGAUGAGUACGAGAUGCUUACUAAAUCUAAGCCGUUAAGCUCUAAAUCUAAAAUAUUAAAGCUUUCACCUUUUUUAGAUAACGACAAGGUGAUUAGGGUUGGCGGUCGAAUCGAUGCAUCUGAUUAUCCGUAUGAAAAGAAGCACCAAAUUUUGCUUCACGCAUCUCAUCGUUUAUCAAAACUUAUAUUUGCCAAUGUGCACAUAAAACAUAUGCACGCGCCUCCUCAAUUAUUGUUGUCUCUUGUUAAGGAAACCGUAUGGCCUAUAAAUGGAAGACGCCUUGCUCAGCGCACAGUAAACAAUUGCAUGCGAUGCAGGCGUGCUCGCGGUCAGACUCUGACCCCAAAAAUGGGAAAUCUCCCAGCUCAGAGAAUAAAUGCGGAUUUUCCGUUUAUAUCAGUAGGUUUAGAUUUUGCGGGACCUUUCUAUAUUUUAAAUAGGAAGGGUCGAGGUGCUAAAUUAAUAAAAUGCUAUUUAUGUUUAUUUGUGUGUUUACGCUAUAAAUGUUUGCACUUAGAAGCGGUUAGUGAUCUAACAAAAAAUGCUUUCAUAAUGACGCUUAGGAGGUUCAUUGCGCGAAGGGGCAAGCCUGCGGAAAUAUUCUGUGACAAUGGUCGAAAUUUUGUCUCCGCGGCUAAAGAAAUAGGUCAAUUCAUAAAAGCUAAUCAGGAACCUAUGUCUGAUUUUGCGAAUCAAGAAUACAUAAAGUUCAUAUUCACUCCAACUUACGCACCUCACUUCGGCGGUAUCUGGGAGGCCGGAGUAAAAUCCGCAAAGCACCAUAUAAAACGUGUAAUAGGCAAUAGCCAUUUGACAUUUGAGGAAAUAGGAACUCUAUUUGCGCAAGUGGAAGCGAUUCUAAACAGUCGUCCCUUGUGCCCCAUGUCUACGUCCCCUGACGACCUCCUUUCCCUCUCUCCAGGGCACUUCUUAAUCGGAAGACCACUGACUGCACUGCCGUCGCCUGCACUGGAGAACCGCCAGGAGAUGUCUCUUCAACGUUAUGCUAGGAUAGAAAAGAUACGCCAGCAUUUUUGGAAUAGAUGGCAGAGAGAAUAUAUAUCCGAAUUACAAGAGAGAACCAAAUGGAGAACAAACACUGCCAAACUUAAUUUGGGCGACUUGGUUCUGCUCCACGAAGAUCACGUGCCUCCGCUAUGCUGGCGCCUUGGAAGGGUUACGCGCUUGUUCCCGGGAGCCGACGGUGUUGCCAGGGUUGCAGACGUAACCACCACAAAGGGAUGCGUACGACGACCACUCGUUCGCCUCUGCCCUCUACCAUCGCCGGAGGACUUGAAGUUUUGAAAGGCUGUUCCUUUCAACGAGGCGGGAAGAU